AAUCAAGAUGGCAUCUGAAACCUACACAAAGGACAGUAUUUGCUUUUUUGGAGCCACCCGACAAUACAAUCACCAUGAAAAACAUGCGUGGAAGGCAUACGAGUAGAUACACACCCAGUUUCCUAAUCAUCUAAGCAAACUGAACAACAUCCACCUUCUUCAAUCAAACAACCUUCAACCUUGAUCCUCUCCAACUCUUCAAUGGAAACUCUACUACCUGGCUCAAACUCAGGCUCCUCAUUAUCCGAUUAGUCCAUGUCUUCUUUGUCAUCAUCGUGAUAAUCAUAAUCAUAAUCAUAAUCAGAGUCACUAUCAUUAUCAUUGUCAUUAUCAUUAGCUGGUGGGAUCUCAUCCAUAGCAAGCUCAUUGCCCACCCCAAAAUUAAAUACCGACCCACAACCUCAGCAUCAUGAUAGCCUGGACUGGAACUCUUAUACCGUAAAGCAUGUUGUUUAUGGCAUCGUACUUAAAGACAGGUCACUGACGCUAUCAUCUUCUUCAUCAUCAAUAAGCCAUAUCGGUUAAGAAAAAGAGAGAAAGAGGAAGAGUAAAAUGCUACGUUUCUAGUUACUUGAAGAACAAGAGAUAGAAAAUUAAUAAUAAAAACCACAGAUAUUAGAUUUUUAGAUUUAGAGCGAUAGGAAUAUCCUAGUGUGUAUAUAUAGAGAGAGAAUGAAAAGAGAGUGAGAGGUCCAAGACUAUAUUAUUAGAGUUGUACUUCGAAUAAUAUAUAAGAGUUUUUGUUAUUUGAAAGUACAAGUUUUCAAAUCCGGGAUUUAGAGUUCUAUUUUGGUUAAUCCAAUUAUUAGCAGUUUAAUGUAAAAAAAAAAAAAAGAAAAAAAAAUUGUUAGUAGUUUGGUUAGAGCUGAAUUAGAGUUGUAUUUGAAUCCAUUUAAUUGCCUUUCUUGCUUCACAAGUAAAAGUAAUUAAGUGAUCUUUUUUUCAUAAAACAAAAUAAAAUAAAAAUAUAAAGAUUGGUAAGUUGGAUUGAAUGCUUACUUGAGUUACUUACUGCUAUCCGUAUUAUCUAGUUACUCAAGCAAAUUAGAAUUUUUAUUCAUCCGCUUACUUGAGUUGCUUAGUCCUCAAGCAAAGUUUUUACUAUCAAUCCUACUUCCUCUAGAAUUCACAAUCCUACUUCCUCUAAAAUUCACAUUCGACCCAAAUUGCCUCACCGCCUUUUCAAAGCUAUAUAUAGACAGAGAGCACACCACACAAAAAGGUAUAUUACGCAAAUAGUUAGACAAAGAAAGAAAAAAAGAAAAAGGAGAGAGAAAGAGAGGAUUCAGAAUGGCUUUGGACUACUACAGCAUUCUGAAUGUGAAGAGGAAAGCCAGCGACGAUGAAGUGAAGAGGGCAUACAAAAGGCAGGCGUUGAUAUGGCAUCCAGACAAGAACCCGGCCAGCAAACAAUCUGAGGCCGAGAAAAAGUUCAAGCAGAUCUCCGAGGCCUACAAAGUGCUCGGUGACCCUCGCAAGCGUCUGAUCUAUGAUGUGGAAGCAAUCAAGUCCGUCCAAUUUCCUCCUCCACGUCCAUCGUCUUCCUGUGCGCCAGCUGCUGCUUCAAGAUGCCAUCAGAAACACCACAAUCGGCAGCAGCAUCCGGAUAUUGUGAAGUUACGUGUUUUUGGUGAAGAAGGUUUCUGGGUACGCGUACACCCUACCAGUUGUAAUUGAGGUUUUCUCUUUCUUGAUUUUGACCAUUUAGACUUGUGAGGGAUACCUACCUACGUGUUGCCGGUACUCUUUUUCCUUAUUUGAGGUUUUCCCAUUUAGGGUUUUUUCUUAAUGAGGUUUUAAUGAGGCCGGUGGUAUUCCCUUGAGGUCUUUUGGUCGGUUUGUCCUUCUUGGACUCGAUUUCAGUUGUACUUGACUGACUUUGUAUUGUAGUAGGAGGGAUGCCAACCUAGUUGGGAUGUCUCCUUUCAAGUAACUGUAUAUGCAAAAUUCAUCUUCUUAUUCUUGUUCUUGAUA